GCGACUUACCGCACUAUACCGCCGGCCGCCACGCUGCUAGUCGCGUGAUCCGCGGGCGAAACCGUUGUACCGACGACGGGCGUUCGUCGUGAGUAUACGCGCGGCCGUUGACAGUUUAAAAAAAAAAAACACGAUUUAAACGGGACUCCCGACCGGACCGAGCGGCGUUCGACGGGAAUCGCGCACGGCGGUUCGCUAUCGGCGAGAGACGUUUCGAGACAAUCGAACCGACCGGUCGGCCCGGUAAUCCGUAUCAGUAUCAACGGUUUUCGGCGAUAAAGCGCGAGAGAAAAUCCGCCUCCGCGGACCAGUACGUUCACUGUACGCUCCGCGCGCGCGCGCGUGAUAGCAUGCCACAGCGUUAUCGUCCACGGCGAGACGACGUCGCAUCGGGUUCGUUACCGGCGACACACGCGUUCUGAUACCGUCGCUGCCGUCGAUAGCAUUGUAAUUGUCGUGAUAACAAUCGCCACGAGACUAUGCCGCGGCGAGCCAACGCGGUCAUCGGCGGACGGACAACAAUUGUAUUUUAGAAACGGUAAUCGCGUGAUUGCUCUGCACGGUGUAUACGCACAAACGAUAGCCGUUAUGAUUUGCACGAUUUUCGCGAUAUUGUUGAAUUUUCAAUUCAAAACUGUUUACAAUCAAAGAAUGAACGCUCUAUUAUAUCUUUUCACGCUGUACAUACUCGAAUGUGUUGGCUUAAGGGACUUGAAAAUCCACGUCCCAGUGGCAGUAAGAUCUGGAUCCAUACUGCGAAUGAACUGUACAUAUGAUUUGGAAAAUACGGCACUGUAUUCAAUAAAAUGGUAUCUGAGGGAUCAAGAAUUCUAUCGAUAUGUGCCAAAAGAAUCGCCCCCCACCCGUGUUUUUCCAAUGUCUGGAAUUAUAGUUAAUGUAAGUAAGAAUAACGAAAACAAAGUAACCAUUGUGAACGUCCAAAGGGAAUUGACGGGAUAUUAUAAAUGCGAAGUGUCAGCGGACGCACCGCUAUUCCACACCGGUAUUAAGACAAAACUCACAUACGUCACAAAUGAACCGUCGUCUCCUCCGACGUUGCACACGAACAGAAUGAAGUACUCAUCGGGUGAUCUAAUUAACGUCAGUUGCAUUGCCGGCGAAAGCUAUCCAGCUGUCAACAUUAGUUGGUUCUUAAAUAAUCAAACGGCUGAUAGCAUGAAAUCGGUACGUAUCAGAACCACAUACGAACAUAAGGUUUCCGAACUAGUGAUAAUGAGAUCCUAUCUAAUGACAAGAGCUAGUACGUUGUUAUUUCCAACUGGCCGUAUUAAAGUAAUAUGUGAAAUUUCUCAAUUUGACUUGUACAAAUCGUCGUCUGAAAUAGAACUGGUUGACAACGCACCACCAAAAUCGGCACAAGUCAUCGCUCCAAGUCUGUCACCGCAUUCUACAGGUAAAGCUCCAAGAUUACAGAAUUGGGCGUCGAUUAUGUUCAUCGUGUUAUUUAUCGCCAACACCAAACUUCUGUAAUUAUUAUAAUAUUCAUAACUGGAAACUGAACUGACCGGAUACGUUACAAUUAUUCAAAUAAUACUAUAAAAUAUAUAAUAAUAAAUAGAAAGUUGAUAUAGUCUUAUAAUAUAUAAGAUAAUUAAAAAUAUAUAUUAUAUUUUAAUGAUGUUUACCUAAUGACCCGUGCAAACACUAGAUUUUUUU